ACUGCAGCAUCAGUUCCACAAGAGCAAUCAGAAGAAGAGGAUGCACUGCUUCACAUGGACGAUUCUGGCUGGCCUUUUGGCCCUAAGUUCAGCUGUUGGAUUGCCUCAAAGGCCAAGUGGUGGCUACCAGGAGCAGGAUACGGCCAGAGCCUUCUACUCCUACGGUUAUAGUGAUGACAAUGCGGCCCGGGCUGAGUACUCCUCCAGAGAUGGCACCUCCCGGGGAUUCUACUCCUAUGUGGAUGCUGAAGGUAAACUGCAGACGGUACGUUAUGAGGCCAAUGGCGUUCAGGGCUUCAAGGCUGAGGCAAGUAACCAACCCCAAGCUCCCGUGGACGAGGGAAAGGCUCCGUUGCCAGUCUCCGACACGGAGGAAGUGCAACAGGCUCGACUGUCCCACCUGAAUGCCCUGCGGGAGGCCAGGGAGAAGGCUUUAGCUGCCAGCUUGCGUGAGGAAGCGGACAGAAGGCAACAGCAGGAACAGAACAGGAACAACGGCGAGGAUCAGCAGUCGGAGGAGCAAAGUCUAAGCGAUGAGGACGCAGCGAUCCUGGACAGAGUUCGAGCCGAGCUUUCAGCUAUGCUGGCCGAUCGCCAGCGAUCGAGCAGUCUGCCCAGAAAUCGGGAAGAAGAGGAACUACGACGGGACCAGAAUAUCCGGCAGGAGCUGAGACAAGAUCUGAGGCAGGAACUGAGGCAAGAUCAGCGAGAAGAUCGACGACCAGAUCAGCGAGAGGAUCGUCGUCAAGAUCAACGUGAAGAACGACGACAAGAUCAGCGAGAGGAUCGUCGUCAAGAUCAACGAGAAGAGCGACGACAAGAUGAACGAGAUGAACGACUACAAGAUCAACGAGAAGAGCGAAGACAAGAUCAGCGAGAUGAUCGGCGACCAGAGCAGCGAGAGGAUCAAGAGUCCCGUCAGGCUCAACGUCAAAAUGAACGUCAGGAUCAGUCCCGGAACCAGGAUACCCUCCGAGAAUUGAACAACAACCGGGAGAAUGAUCGUCAAAGCUCGAAGCUUCUUCAACUCCAGACCUCCUCCGAUCGCGAUGCCAAUGAUUCGCGUCUGCGCACCAUCUACUCCUUGGCCGAUCUCAGCUCCAGAAGUUAUCUAAAACUCGGCGACUUGGCCAGUACUGAGAAACUGCUUGAGGAUCGUUUGGACAACAGUGAUCUCCGGGUGCCAAUCAGUGCCUACUACACUCUGGUCUCCCCAAACACCAAGUACAGUGUGACCACGCCCACGGAGCUGAGAACCCUGCGACCAGUGGCCCUCAGUCGCAGUUUGUUGGUCAGCAAACGCAACUGAAGGACUGACGAUACGGAUCUUGGAGAUGGAUCAAAGCCGGCUAAUGAUCGUGAAGGAUAAUGGGGUGUAACUAUGAUGUGUUUCCUAAGAAUAAAUGCAAGACAGAGCACCAUUGUGCCUAA